UGACGUCAUUAAGCGGCGCCGACUGCGCGGUUCUGGCUAACGCUAACAGCUCGUCGAAACAGUCAGUGUUUCUUAUCACAUAUUGUUGUUUUUUGGUGUUUAUUUUCAAGUAUAUUGUAUCAAAGCAACAGGAAUGUCUCUGGAGACUGUCCCGAAAGAUCUGCGUCAUUUGAGAGCGUGUCUGCUGUGCUCUCUUGUCAAGACCAUUGAUCAGUUCGAGUACGACGGAUGUGAUAACUGUGAAUCAUACCUGCAGAUGAAGGGCAAUCGAGAGAUGGUCUAUGAAUGCACAAGCUCUUCUUUUGAUGGAGUCAUUGCUAUGAUGAGCUCUGAGGACAGUUGGGUGGCAAAAUGGCAAAGAAUCGGUAACUUCAAGCCAGGCGUGUAUGCAGUGACGGUAACGGGUCGGUUACCUCCAGGUGUGGUGCGAGAGCUGAAGAGCAGAGGAGUUAUCUACAGAUCCAGAGACACGGCUGUUAAAACAUAAGAAAAGCACUUCAUCAAUCAAACCAGCUGUUCAGUGACUGGGGUUCUGUUAUUUCAUUUAAUGUCUUAUGAUUUUCUCUUUUGAUUUACACUUUUUGGGAAUUUGGAUUGAUAAUGGUUUGAUUAUGAAUAAAUGAUUGAUGUGAUUAUUCCAUGUUAAUGAUUUAAACAUGAAUAAAAGAGCGUUUUGUUUCUGCUCA